AUGUCGAAACAGCGUAGGGAAAGUGCCUUCGCGUUGGUGCAGCGACUCAAGGCUUCUCCUGUUGGGCUGCUUCCACCCAUCUUCCAAAAUGCGACGGAUGGUGGGUUGCGUCAGAGCGAUGUCCUCGUUGUCGGCGGGGCUCCGGGAACCGGCAAGACGACGUGGGCGUAUCGUGUCGCUGCACAACAUCUUAGCUGUGGCGGUGUCGUCACAUUUGUUUUCCUCCCUGGAAGUGGGAGCUUUCAAAUGCGUCGCUUCAUGGAGUAUCUCGAGACGUUUGCGGUGGCACCUGACCUCUUUACCCCUUCCUCAUCGUGUCAUUAUUUGCCACAAGUGGCGGACGCAUCGACGAUGGAGAUGCGACGCAAGGCGCUGCUUGGCGCGCUGGACCGCCUAGAGGUGGUGCACUGCCUUGACAUCAACGACUUCUUUGUGUACUGCAACCACGCGGUUGCCACUGCUGCCGCCUCCAGAGCAGGAACACAGGAGGUGGCGGUUCCGCUCCUUCUCGUGGAGGGCUGUGGCGGGAAGGGCAGCUACCUGUAUCACAUGGAGCUAGCUGUUGGGCACGAGGUUCCACUUUGUCAUUGGCUUCUCGACUGCCUCCAGCGUCAGAGGAGAUGCGCGCUUAUUCUUAUUGAGGAAUGGGGAUGUGAGAGUGUCGGUCUGAGUCGACCGCGUGUCUACUCGCGAGAGGAGGACUCCUCCCCGUUUGCGCUGGCGGUGGAAGAGGAGUCCGAUUUUCUUCAUCGCUUACGCAAAGAAAGAUCGCAGCGGAAGGCUGUCUUACGUCAGCACUCUGCAAAGCGGCAGCGAGUUUCCUCCGCCACGGCUAUGGCUAAUACUACCGCUACUACUACUACUACUACCGCUAGCACCAGCAACGGCGUUACCGCUCCCCCGCCUGUGCCGCUGCCAUCGAAUUUUGUGACGGAGUUGCACUCACACUUUGAGGGGAGUCGGCGGCUCUUUUAUCUUUACACAGAGACGCUGCCCAUUGCGGCUCGCGGGGUCUCCGCAGUCGCACGUCUGUUGCAGUGGCGUCUUACAGAACAAGACACACGUAAUGAAAACAAGAACAACAACGCUGCAGUGCUUACGGAGCCCAUACGGCAGCAACGCUGGCCGCAGCUGGCUGAGGGAAAGGCGCGGCUGUGCGGGGAGGUUCUUUGCGUGGCUCAACUUUGA